AUGGCGUCUCACAGAUAUACUCAUGCUAUAGUUUGUCGUAUUCCCAAUAGUUUUAAAACGAAAGCUCUUGGAAUCUGGGGCGAAAUUGACUUGGAUGUUGCAAAACGUCAACACGAAGAAUAUUGUAAAGUACUUAGAGGCAUUGGUCUGGAUGUUAUUGAGCUUCCUCCAGAUGAAAACUUACCUGACUGUGUUUUCGUUGAAGAUACAGCCGUAGUUUGUAACGGAACAGCAUUGAUAUGUCGUCCAGGGCACCCGGCGCGGCAAAAAGAGGUGGAAAUUAUCAGGACCAUCAUUAAAAAGGAGCUGGAACUGCCAAUCAUAGAAAUUGCCGACCCAAAAGCAACAAUUGAUGGAGGUGAUGUGCUGUUUACAGGCCGAGAAUUUUUUGUUGGUCUUACUGAUCGUACAAAUGAAGCUGGAGCCUGUGCUUUAGCUGCAGCUUUUCCAGAAUAUCCAGUGACACCCAUCAGAGUGAGUCAUAAGUUGCAUCUGAAGAGUCUGUUGUCUAUGGCAGGACCCGACAUUCUUUGUGUCAGCGAAGGGAAGGAGAGCAAGAGUGUACUGAAGAGGAUCGAGCAGGAGGCAUCUUUUCGAUACCAGACAGUCACAGUUCCAGAUCCAGGUGCUGCAAACUGUAUUUAUGCCAAUGGGACCUUGAUUCAUGCUGCAGAGUUUCCAGAAAGUAUUAAGGUGUUUGAAGAGAAAGUAGACUUCAACAAGAUCGCUCUGAAUGUGAGUGAGCUGCAAAAAGCAAAUGGUGCCCUCACGUGUUCUUGUAUUCUCAUCAAGAAGACCAAGUAUUUGAAGAAGUUGUAAAAACAAAAGGUGGUUUUGGGCACCAUACCUUACGAAACCACCGAGUAGGGGAAAAAUCAUUAGAAUUAAAUUGGUAUGGCCUUCUUUUUAUCUCCCUCCACCAGCAGCUAAAGGUACUUAGCUGAUCAGGGAAUUAAAGGCAAGCUAAGUUUUUUCUUUUGCGUGAUGAAGAAAUAUACAUAUAUAUAUAUAUAUAUGUACUGCAUGUAUAUAACUACAAAUAUUAUGUUAUUUGAGAAAUAUGGUAUGUGGCUUUUGUGUAUAAUUUCAUGUUACAAAGAAGGUUAAAGAUAUUUUUAGACAUGAAACAAGAUUCAUAUGCAAGCCAUAAUUUUUCUUUGUAGUCAUUUUUUUAUUAUACUUAUAUGAUAUACAGUACAGAAGAACUCUUUCUUGUGAAUUGUUUUCUGGAUAUGACAAAGCAGCACUUGAGUGUUAGGAGUGUUUGAACACUUAAGUUUUAAAAUUUCAUAUUUUUCAUUAAUUAUUCAUUGACAUUUUCAUUCUUGUUAUUUCACAAUUUGCAGUAUUUUUUCAUCUUUAUUUUUGUGAAUUCAUUGUCCGAGAACUUAGUUGUUUGAUUUGAAUUUAGAACAUUAUUUAGAGGUGUGAUGAAAUGGGUAACUCAUUAUUAUUAUAUUGUCAUGUGUGCUUUUAGAUUUGUAUCAUCAAAACUUGGUGCUAUUAUUAUGUUGGUAUUUUCAUUUCAGCUACUGUAAUCUGUAUAAAUUGACAUUUUAAAAUCACUAAUAAAUGGAAUGAUCGUAUGAAAGAAUUAAAUAAAUAGGCUAGACAUACAAAUUAAUCUCAGAAAUUGAAGUGAAAGGUAUCGAGCUUGAAGUUUCAUAUACCGAAUAUAUCCAUAAACACAUUGGUGAAGCUGGUACUCAAGCGAACAAUCAGUAUUAUUAAUGAAUCUUGUGAGUACGUGAACAAUACGUAGUAUGAGCUUAGUCUAUCGCACCAUUAUUCAGAAUAGGUCAGAUAAAGUUUUGAUUGACUGAAGUUUAAAUUUUACAACUGGCUGUUCCAUGAACUAGUUAUUAUGUACAGUAAUUUAUUCACAUGUUCUAUGAAUAACUUAAAUCAAAUAAGAUUAAAUUACUUUAAAUUAGCUUUGGUUUGAGCUUAGACACAAGUUCUGUAACAGAUGUGUAAUAAAGUUACUGAAAUAUACUUAUUUUUAUCUGUGAACAGCAAAGGUUUUAUUAGUGUAGCAUGGAUGGCACAGUAAUGCCUAUCUAAAUGUAACACAGAUUUGUUAGAUAUCAUAGACUAUGACAUUAUGAUCUGGUUUUAUGCCUUCCUUAGUGUAGUACAGAAUAACAGAUAUCACAUUAUGUCAUGUAACACUUAUCCAACUGGUAUGGUCUAUCAUACACAGAUUUGUUGGAUAUGAUAGAUUAUGGCAUUACAAUCUAGUAAGGGAUACUUUUGGAUAACUAAAAGGUAGAAAUUAAGGAAAAUUAUGCAAGAUUUCAUGGCAGCUAUCUUUUGUAAACUUAACUUAUUAGGUUUUAUUUCAUUGAUUAAAAACCAGUCCUUCUUUUAUGGUGUUAGGAUAUAUUGGCUUUGUUAUUUGGUGACUUGCACAUUUUUUCAAGUUUUGCUACUACACUGUCUCGUUAGAAGAUAAAAAAAAAAAUGUUGGGGUUUACUCAACGUUUUGCUUUACAACUUCUUCAGAAGUGUUCAC